AUGGUUGCCACUGCUGAGGUUGAUCCGGGCCUAGUCGCUCUAGGGUGGGUUGACAACAAGCCCGUGUACUUUUUGGCAUCUCACGUGAGCACAGCCAUUACGAGUAUCAACAGAAGGGAGAAGGACGGUUCUAUCUCUACCGUCGUUUGCCCCAAACUGGUCCGUGAGUACCAGCGAAAAACGGAAGAGAAAGAAGAUGACGCAUUAUGA